AUGAGGUGUAUUUGUGUUAUCCAUUCAAUUGGCAUCAUCUUUGAACAAGAUAAGGUAACAACGAAGAGCAGGUUCUUUACCUCCUUCUACUUCACUUUCCCCUUUACUAUCAUGCAAUCUUAUCAUCAAACAUUUGCCUUACAACCCAACUUGACACACUUGUUUCCAAACAUCAUAUGUUGUGUCAAACUUUGUAAUUUCCAACAUUCUAAUCAGAAGGAUUAUUCAGUGAAAAUCCGUAGAAGAAACUUGGGGUUGAUUAUUAGUGGAGAGUGUAUAUUUAGGACAGAGAAUGGAAAUGCAUUUGAUUUUGGACUCGUGGCCCCUGAUCAAACAGUUGAAGAGGCACAAGAUGUAGUGAGAGUUCAUGCACAAGAUUUAUUGCAAGUUGGAGAUUUGUUAAAGUCAGAGUCAUGGAAAGUAGCACAAAAGGAAUUGAGAAAAAGUUCAGCACUUUUGAAGAAGGAUAUAUACACCAUUAUUCAAAGUAAGCCUGGAAAUGAGAGGCCACAGUUGAGGAAGCUCUAUUCUACUCUCUUCAACAAUGUUACAAGAUUAGAUUAUGCAGCAAGGGAUAAAGAUGGACAAGAAGUGUGGCAGCGUUAUGAGAAUAUUGUAGCGACUCUGAAUGAUAUUCUAUCUAGAAUAUAA